AUGUCGUCACUGUCGGAAAUGGAAAAAGAAUUGAGUGAAGCGGUGAAGAGAGGUGAUAUUGAGUCAGUAACGCGUCUUUUGGAGUUGGAUGUUGAUAUCAAUAGACUUGAUUUCUUUGGGAACACUCUUCUGAUACAAGCGUGUAGGAAUAAUCAGAAGGAAAUGGUUGAGUUUCUACUCACUAAAUCAGCAGAUGUUAAUGGGACUGGCAAUGGUGGAGAUACAGCUUUGAUUGGAUGUGCAAAGGUUGGAGCACAAGAUAUUGUUGAUCUACUACUGAAUGUCAAAGAUAUUAAUGUGAUGAAGAAGAGUGAUGUGAGUUUGAGUAUUGAGAGUAUGGAGAUACAGCCAUCCAUUAUGCUGCAGCCUAUAAUCACGUGA